CCUCCGGCCAAUAGGAAGCGGCCGCCGCCGUCCUGCUCAGCAGCAGCUCAUCAUGCGUGGAGUCGCUGCUUCUCCGUGAUUUUUCCUGCGUGGUGAGCCGGUCACGAUGAGCGGAGUUUGCAGGGAGGUCGUCACGCUGCAGCUCGGACAUUAUUCCAGCUUCGUGGGAACCCACUGGUGGAAUCUGCAGGAUGCGUCGUUAAGCUAUGACCCAAAGUCGGCCCCGGCGGAGAUCCAGAGCGAUGUGGUGUUCCGGGAAGGCCAGACCCCGGGGGGCCACGUCACCUACACGCCCCGCCUCAUCUCCAUGGACCUGAAAGGAAGCCUGCGGACGCUGCGGCAGGAGGGCAGCCUGUACGACCCGGGAGCAGGAGGCGCGGCGGCCGCCUGGGAGGGAAGCGUCGCCCUGCACAGACAGAGCCCCGCGGAGAAGAACCCGUUCCUGGACGACCUGGAGAAGCUGGACGAGGCGAUCCUCGCCGAGGCCGACUUCUGCUCCGCCUCACACCUGCAGCGCCCAGGACCGGUGAGCGUGGGAACCUUCAACGGUCAGCUGGCCCGGGUCCAGAAGAACUACCGGCUGGAGGGCAGCGUCAGGGUGUGGUCCGACUUCCUGCGGAUCCACCUGCACCCCCGCACCAUCUCUGUCAUCCACCAGUACAACCAUGACGGCGAGGCGCAUCGUCUGGAGGCCUUCGGUCAGGGAGAGUCUCUCCUGCAGGGGGCGCUGCUCGAGGAGCUGGAGGACAAACUGCACUUCUUUGUGGAGGAAUGUGAUUAUCUCCAGGGUUUCCAGGUUCUGUGUGAUCUGGCUGACGGUUUCUCGGGCCUCGGGUCAAAGGUGACGGAGCUGCUGCAGGACUCCUACGGAGGGAGGGGGGUCCUGACGUGGGGCGUGUCUCCGGUGGUGCACCGGGACUCGUCUGCGGUCAGAGACCUGUACCACCUGCUGAACUGCUGUCUGGGGACGGUCCGCAUGGCGGCGCACAGCUCGCUCUUCUGCCCGCUGACGCUGAGGGGGGGCCUGGGCAGGAGGCCCGGCCCCCCACCCCACUUCCCUCUGCUGUCCUGCGAUCCCUCGCUCUGGUACCACUCCAGCGGCGUGCUGGCUCUGGCGCUGGACGCCCUCACCGUGCCGUACCGGCUGAGGAACGACGCCGUGCCCAUGUGGCAGGUGGCGGACUCGCUGGCCGUGUCGGGCAGGAAGGUGGUGGCCGCGUACGGCGCCGUCCCGUUUCCCAUGAUGACCGGCGGCUCCUUGCCCGACGCCCUGAGCGCCUGCGCCGACGCUUUGCCGUGGAAACCUCUGUCAGCUGUUCCUGAAGCGGGCGAGGGUCGAUGUUACGGACAGUGGAGCACGCUCAGAGGCUACGAAGGCCAGAAGCUCACCAGCUGUCCAUCUCCAGGGACCAGACCGCAGACUCCUCUGCACAGCCUCCACAGCGGCGAGGACGUCCUGGCGUCUUACCUGUCGUCGUUUUACCCCUCUGCUCCUCUGGCCCUGCAGCUCGUCUCCUCGCCCAGCCGCCUGGCGCCGCCCUUCCCUCAGAUCUUCCGCCCGUCGCUGGACGCUCGGGGCUUCCUGAGGAGCGAGGCGGGCCCUCCUGGCGGUCCGGCCGUCUCCUCGGUUCCGGUCAUGACGUCGCUGCAGUCGGGUCCCGCUCUCCACCCCUGGCUGUCUGAGCUGCAGCGGGCCGCCAGCGCCUUCGACGUCCGCCGCGUGGCCCCCAGCUUCCUCUCCCAGGGGCCCGAGAUGGCCGACUACCAGGAGGCGCUGGAGGAGCUGCGGCUGCUGGCCCGCUGUUACCGUGACGACGGCGUGACGCGCUCUUCCUCUGAGGAGGAGGAGGAGGAUGACUGAGGUGUUCUGAUGGGCCCAGGCUCGGCUUGGAUCAGAACUUCAGCAGCACGGAGGUCCACUAGUCCUGCAUGGUUUACAGACGCUGGGUCUCUGCUUUACAAGGAACCAGAACCAGAACCAGAACCGAUUUUGGGUCUUUUCAGGACUCAGAGUGAACUCAGAAUAAAGAAAUCAAAUCUGGACCCUGCAGUGAAAUAAAGAAUCUGGCCAACAUCUGCAUCAGGUCCAGAGGAGAAUCUGAUUUAUUAAAAACUUUACAGAUUAAA